AUGCAGGAAACCACAUCUCCUAGGUCUUCCUCCAUGCUGUAUGAGUCCCUCAUCAACCAUGUUGCCCUGCCUCCAUGUCUUCCAGGCAAGCAGGAGGAGAACAUUAUCCAGAUCGAACACGAGCUGCUCGUGCGUUUGCAGGAUGCCGCCCGCGUCUUGCAGGAUCAGUCUAAUGCUGGGCUGGGUGACAUCUGGGAUCGUGUUCAUUACAUCCUGGAGAUAUGCAAAACUGCAAAUGCUCGCAGGAAGUUGGAUAAGGCUCGCCUACUUGCUGAGUUCCGAAGGUUACAGCGGCACAGACCUCUAAUCUUGCAUGUCACCGAGCAGAAUGCGGGGCUCCUUGUUUGGCGUCAGCGUUGUGGCUUGGACGAAGUAGUUGUUUUCGAAUGCUUUGAGGCUGCUGCUUCUUCGGAAAAAGUGCUUGCUUCGGAGAAUGCUCUGUCAUGGGAUUUUCCUGGUGAGGCUGUCGCUAUUCCAUAUGAAAAAUUUGACAAUACCCAAUUCCAACGUAGCCUUGCCGGCUUCUUGGAACAGGCCAGCACCGAGUCGGUUAAACGCUUCACUGCCCGUGCUACAAAAGCGGGAUCCUCCACAAUAGAAUUCCGAGAUACCGUUAAUCCGGCUUUGGUCACCCAGAUGUUUAUGACCUUGCUUGAAGCAAACGGUAGCCGUGUUUUCCCUCCUUUAUUGAGGAAACGUAUCCGUGACGAUGUUUGUUGGGCCGCCGGUGGCGAAAAGCCGUGGAGGCGCUCUGCAUUUUGGCUCAUUCUCCGCGUUGGAAUUGAGCGAUACUUGUGCUCCGGCUACGACGAUGGAAUAACGAGAAUCGAGAACGAAACGACAUUAAAGACGCAAAAUAGAGAGGUAGGAAGGGUUUAUUAUAAAUUUCUACUUUGCGUUUUAAUUUCGCGUCUUAUCGAUGACUCCCUUGGUCAAAUAGCCUCUGAGUCUCUAGCAUUAUUGAGGAGUAAACUAGCCCGUCGUCUUUCAAAAUUGCAAAUGGAGCAGAGCGAAUCGUUGCCCCAUGUGCAAGCUAUAAGUGAGCAGUUGUUCGCUAGCGUAUCCGCUCGGUUUCAUCGGUCCAUCCAAGCAUCUGUCACCCAUCUCGAAAAUACUUGGUCGGAGGUGAAAAUUAGCACGAGACGCCUGAUUCCGAACUUGCCACGACGUGCAACCCGCCAAUCGUGUACUUUAUCGCUUCGUAAAAGUGCACAAUAUUUGGAGAAUGUGAUGUCGUAUCAUCAGCAGUCGAUCAGAUUCGCGAAAUAUAACCAGCAGACCAAACCUUCUACCAUGAUUGAGGCACCCGGCGAGAAUCAUUUCAGGGUAUUCGCAGAACGUUAUUACCGGCUGUCGGAGCUUGAAGCAUCGAAUGACAAAUUAUGCAUUGCAGGAUCAGAAAAUGAAAGCUUGCAAAAUCAUCGGUGUUUGCAACUUGCAGCGCGUAUUGAAGAAUAUCUCGAGAAAGUAUCUUGUGCAUACGAUAAUAGCCCCGAACAAAAGAGUGUCAUGAUUCUCAGCACCAUCAGGCUAUGGGUCGCCCUUGAUCAAUGUACCACCAACUUGUUCAACUUGCUCGAGGAUUUUCACCCCGGCAUAACUCCUGACACUUUGGAUAUCCUGCAAUUGCCCCUGUUUUCAGACAUGGUGCAUCUCCAAAACGUUCAAGUUUAUCUUCGAGGGCGAUGCGACAACGCUUCCUCCAGGACUAUCUUCGAUGCACCCGCCGCAGGGUGCUUUGCCGAGAGAUAUUAUGACGAGUCAGUGGAUUCUAGAAAAUUACAGGAUCUACACCUGCAAAUCGAGGCCAAAGCUCGGAUCGACCUUCAGAAGAAGGAGACGGAAUGGCAGAGAUUAAGUGCUGAGUUUGAAGAAUUGGAAAGGAGUAUUGCGAGGAGCAACUGUGUCUUCAAGUCAAAUGAGUUUGGAGCAAUCACUCAUGAUGAUAAACUAUGUCGGAAAUGCUAUCUCCAACGCUGCUCUAGGCGCAUGCGGAUUCAAAUUCAUGAACACCCACUUCCAACAAAGUCCCCUGAAGCAAAAGCUGUUAUUUUUGAGCUUGCUUGCCCUACUUCCUUUAAAGCCUAUCGCAACGCAACUUGGCGGUUAUUACGCACACUAGGGCUUCCUGACCAGCCGCAUUUGCCUACACCCAAACUGUUGCUUGAUGAUUAUUCUGGGCUAAAGCGAUAUGGUAAUCGGAGCUCAAAUGGUGUAUGCCUUGCCUCUACGACUAAGCCAUUUUUGAAAACACACUACAAAGGGAUGCGAUUCCCUCUGACUCUGGACGCUGUAUGUCUCCCUAAUGGCUUGAGGCUUACAUAUUUCGAUACUUUGUCCAAUAUUUGGAUCAGCAGGCAAUUCCAAUCACUCAAUCUUUCUCACCAUUUUCGGAUGAAUUUACAUUCAGCCUCAGCCUUUUCCUCUGUUGGGCUCUCUGUUGGUUCAAGCUUUCCUUCAUCGUACGAGGUCAUAGCGAGCCAGACGCGAUGUCCCCCAAGACUGAAUUUGCAUGAAUUUAUGGCAUACAAGGGGCUUUUUUCGGGAAAUAGCAGACGUUGGCCCUCAAUUCUUGUUGAACUCGGCUCUGCCAAUCUGAAUCUAAGCACCGAGGCUACCACUCUACUAAUAUCGCAACUGGCAAUCCAAGCAGGCCCUGCUGAUGAUGGAACUUUUCUUCGGGUUACCCACAAGAUUUUUGAGGAUGUCUCAUUUUGUCAGCAGUUGAUUGGACAGGUAUCUCAGCGCUUAGACCUUAUCGCUUCGAAUUGGAGAGAGACCAAUUGCAUGGAUAUGCUCUUAACGCUUCUUCUCAGGCUUUGUUCUAUUGCACCACACUCUAUUUACAAGGAAGGCUUAAGCGUUAUUUUAAAGGUCCGGUCAUUUACGUCGCAGUGGAUCGUCCAGCUGCGGCAUGAAAUUUACCAAUCCACGGAUGCCGCCGCGGCGGAACGGUUUGCCGUGUACGCCUUUUGGGCAGCACUGCUCUGCAGAAGGACGUUCUCGGUCCACAUUGACGGUGUUGAAACCAACAUUAUAGGAGUCGAUGACCUUCAAUGUUUCAUAGAUGCAUCAAUCACAAUGCAAGACAACGCUCCGAGGGACUUCAGCCAACUGCCAUCAUUAACCAAAAACGCACUUAUUAGGGACUUAAAAAUGGUAUAUAGAAUGCGGUCGCUCUUUCGAGAAUCCCUUGCAAAGGCACCUCGGGCAUUUUACCAAGCAAUGGAUUCACUUUGGCCGCAAGCCGAAGGCACUGCUCCUAGAUGUUACGCCAAUUUUGAAAUUUUGGACCCCUCCCAUGACUGGGUUAGUUUGACAGUUUCUCCCACGCAAAAUGCAAGACAGCAAACGAUACACUACCAUCUACUCGAGGGUCAUUUGAUUGUGGAGGGCCAACCUUUAGGGAAACUACCAGCGAAGCACCGAAAGUCUGUGGUUCUGGAACAAUUGUUUGGCGAGCAAAGGUUGCUCAUUUAUCCUUCUUCUCUUUUCGGCAUGACUUACAUGCUUGCAUUCCCAAUGAACGGACACGAAAUCCAUUUUGGAUUCCGCGAUACGGAUCUGAUCGUUCAAGCAAGAGUGCGAGGCACCAUUCUCGAGUACAUCCCUCCUGCGAUCUUUGGUGACCUUCAAAAUUUCGAUCUGCCCGGUCCGCUGAUAGCGAAUUGUGUGCACUGGCUAGAUUUAAACUCCGGGAUAAUGGAGGUUAGACGUCGUCCAGAUAUAUGGAAAUCGAAAAGUAGUCAUUGGUGUGUUAGUAUCCGUUCCCGCGAGGCAUGGCGCCAGAAAAGAUACAAUCGCCCGGGAAGCUUGCUCAUUGACCCACACAGCGGCUUAUUUCAACUCGUUGCACAAGUGUUCGACCAUUUCGAAUAUCGGCACGGCUUAACGGUCUUUCAACCUCCGAAGGGCCAUCUUUCAGUUGAAUUACGUCGCUUAGAAUUAUCCUUCACCGUGAAUCUUGGAGGCUUGCUUCAGUGCCGGCAACUGCAGGCAGAAGUCGACCCUAAUCAAGAUGCAGGAACGUGGUAUGGUUUGGAGAGCAAGCUCAUCCUUCGAGAUGUUUCUAACCCUUCGCGUCGUAUCAUUCUUGUUCCUAUGGGAGAAAUUCACACUAUCCGCAAUGGUGCUCAUGUUGCAAUCAGAGUUGAGAAUCAAGGGAUUUACGGUAGGUUUACAAUAAACGACGUGCUUGGGCGGAUUGACUGCCCUUCUGAGCUGUGGCAGCUGUACCACAAAGCGCAACUUCAUGCAUGUACUUCGUUCGUCCUCCCGGAUCCUCUCACACGGCGUACCGGUACGGAAGAAGCAAUGCACUGUUUACGGUCAGCUUCCUGUCAGCCAUGGACCACACUUAACUUAACUCAAGUUCGGACUUUGGAAGCCAUUUCCAGGUUAAUUCCGAAAAGGACUUAUUAUCCAAGUGGUUUAAGAACCAUGCAACAAGUGGCAUGGAAUCGAAAUUUAACCCCUACCAUCCAGAAUGAUGGACUCUGGCAUGCGAUUGAAAACAUUCUUAGAAAAGCAAAGGUUUUAGCUUCAUUUUCACUGCAAGAAGAAAGCGAAAUGCUCAACAUCGAGCCGCCAAGCAACUCCUUUCUCUUAAACCGUGCUUGCUGGAGGCGCCACUUGUACCAGCGUGCUGAUUCGGGCUUCCCAGAGCUAGACUCGCCUGUCGAUCUGCAAUAUGAAGCCCGUGACAAAUUUGUCCAUGGUCAAUCCCGGGUAAAUGUGUUUGAGUGCGUUACUAUGAUUAGCCGCUGGUCUUCGGAUAUGUGCCCAUCCAUUGAUUUGGCCGAUAUUUUUCAAACAUGGACCACAAUCGGAGGAUUUAACUUGUCGUUUGACAAAUUUUUGCUCUCAGACCUGCUUGAUGUUGAAUUCGGUAUGCUUUGGGGACCACUUGUUAAUUUUUGUCGUACGGUUGGGUCGAACGACAGAUACCACCUAAUGUUCAUAUUCGGUACAAUGUCAUUUAAAGCGGAUGUUGAUAUGGACAUCAUCCGAACACUACUUUCCUUUGCGGUCAUUGAAGAUCUGAAAGCGCUCGAUCCACCGCAGUGGCCGAACUACGCGCACUUCAGCUUUCAGCAGGCUCCAACUAUCCCUUACCUUAAACAGUUAAUAAAACCAUUCAGCACCCAAUACAAAGGCGACGAAAGAAGGCUAUUUAAACUGAGCAAUAAGACACGGCGUAGACUUGAAAGACUCCAGCACGAACACGAGUCUCAGGUCGAGAACGAGUGCAACCUGAUUGCAGAAUGUCUUAUAAAACAAUGGCCAUGUCGUGAGCCGAAUACUAAUAGUAUUCCAUCGACAUUGCUUGUGGACGUUCCCGGCGCACUGGCCGCUGUGCGCCCUGAGUGGCUCCGCUUAUUUCAAAACAUGGAGCUUUCCGAUUACCUGGAAAAGGUCCAGGUUAUUUUGAACCAGCAUCGUGCUCCAGGGCGUUUCAGACCCCCGCUUAACCAUUCAGAUACUCAUCAGGUAGUCGAUCCCAAGUAUCGAGGUUCAGUAAUUCCUACUCUCUCGGAUAAUUUGCUCUGUCAGGACUUCCCGGGCGUGCCAGAGCAUGCCCUUCUAAUGCCCCUAAGCAGACCUAGAACAGAAACGGGUCCUGCCACCUCUGGUAAAUCCCAAUCACCGCAGAUGAAUGAAACGGGGCCAUACAUACUCAAGGAGAUCGGCUGCAGUAGCGAAUUUUCGAUUGAGAUUAAUGAGCUUACAGACAUUGUCCGACGAUUUGAGAUUUCGGAUUCCAUGGUACAAAAACGAUAUUGCUUGGACAUGAUGCAGAGUAUUCAGGCUCUAAAGAGUUGUGCUGUUUCCCGGAAACCCGGCAAUGAAGGCUCGACAGAGAUGCAAGCGUGCAGACCCGACUUCCUAAGAAAUAAAGUCCAUGAGCUGUUUGACAAAAUCAAUCAAAUUUUAGAGCGCCUAGACCGACGUUCCACCUGGCUUAAAGAAGGAGGCUUAUGGCCAUGUGUUACUCCGGUAACACUGCUUGAACAAUUGCGUUCCUCCUCAACAGUAAGAUUUGGAAACCAUAUGAAAGAAAUUUUGACAGCAUUCGCGGUAUCUAUCGUGGAUUUGCAGCGCAUUCUUAGAAUAGAAGAUGCGCGGUUCAAACAAAACCAUCAGCGAUGGGUUGACGAAAAGAACAAUGUUCCUCAUGUCAACUGGGAUCCGCUAAAACAUCCCGAUUGGGUAUUGCUUGAAAUAGAGGCAGAUAUCUCAAUUCGACCGGACCAGGUGGAUGUUGCCCGUGCCACGAUCUCUCCCUCCUCGGAAGCGAAUUCAGUGCUACAAAUGAACAUGGGACAAGGGAAGAACAUUCCGUGGCUCUUAAGUAAAACAUCGUGCAUUAUGCCAAUAGUUGCUGCUGAGCUGGCAGAUACGACAAGGCUUGUAAGACUCGUGGUUCCAAAAGCUUUACUGACCCAAACAGCUCAGCUACUUCAUGCGAGACUUGGUGGUUUGGUUGGCCGCGAAAUCAGACAUGUGCCAUUUUCCCGCAAAACACCUACUAAUCCAGAUAUGAUAAAGCAAUAUUUUGAUAUUCACAGGGAAAUACAACAUAAGUCAGGUGUUAUUAUCACGCUUCCCGAACAUAUCCUUUCUUUUAAGUUGAGUGGACUGCAAAGAUUAUCGGAUUCACGCAUUGCCGAAGCAAAUGCAAUGAUCAAAGUUCAGAGUUGGAUGCAGAGAACCUGUCGUGAUGUACUCGACGAGUGCGACUUCACGCUUGCGACAAGAACCCAGCUCAUAUAUCCUUCUGGCUCGCAAACUGCUGUGGACGGCAAUCCCUUCCGAUGGGAAACAGCUCAAGAACUGCUUCGCUUAGUCGCUGGACAUUUAUGGAAUUUACAGCGAGACUUUCCACAAAGUAUCGAAGUCAUUCCUAGGCCCACUAAAGGCGGGUUCCCAGUUGUAUAUUUCCUGAGAAGAGACGCAGAGGAUGAGUUAAUUACACGCUUGGUGAAGGACAUCAUGAAAGGCCAAACUUCCAUAUUGCCUAUAAAUAAUUAUGAACCCCAAGACCGCCUGGCUAUUAGGUUAUUCAUAUCCAAUGUACCUGUCCAGCGAGCAAUUACAGAGACGAUUGGCAAAAUCUUUCCAGGAAAUUCAGCCGCAAGGAAAAAUAUAUAUCUUCUUAGGGGUUUAUUCGUCCAUCGAAUUCUUCUUUUGACAUUGAAGAAGCGGUGGAACGUCCAGUACGGGCUCCAUCUUAACAGAGACCCUAUUGCCGUUCCAUUCAUCGCGAAAGGCGUCCCAUCGGAACAAGCAGAAUGGGGUCAUCCAGAUGUUGCUAUUCUUUUCACAUGUUUAGCAUUUUAUUUUGGCGGACUCGCCCAAGCCCAACUCAGGCAGAACUUUGAACAUUUAGUAAAAUCGGAUGACCCGUCAAGCGAAUAUGAUCGAUGGACGCAUUCUUCCGACACCUUGCCUGACAUCCUCCGCGAAUGGAGCGUUAUUGAAACUGACGACGAAGCACAGCUGAACGAAUUGUGGACGCACCUUCGAUAUCAGACGGUCGUUAUCGAUUACUUUCUGAAUCAUUUCGUGUUCCCUAAGCAUGCAAAACAAUUCCAAGUCAAACUCCAGGCAUCUGGAUGGGACAUCCCUCUCUUCUCCGUUGGGGGUCAGACCUCGGCGUUGACAAGUGGCUUCAGCGGUACGAACGACAAUCGUACUUUGCUUCCAUUGAAUAUCAAGCAACGGGACCUCCCUAUGCUUUCACAUACCAAUGCUGAAGUGCUUACCUACCUGCUACAGCCCCGAAAUCGCACAUAUGUAGUGGCCGCAGAUUCUACCACCGGGAAACGGUUAUCUGAAACCGAGCUACUUAAAUCUCUUUGUGAGAAGAAAAUCAGAAUGCUAAUCGAUUCUGGGGCCCAAAUUUUAGAGAUGGAUAAUCAAAGUUUGGCAAAGGUGUGGUUACAAAUCGACCAUGAGGCCCCGGCCGUCUUGUACUUCGACUCAGACAAUAAACCGUUCAUCCUUUACCGAAACGGUUCUGGAACGCCCCUUUUGGCAUCACCGUACGCUGACAAUCUAGCUGAUUGUCUCGUAUACCUUGAUGAAGCGCAUACUCGAGGAACCGAUUUGAAAAUGCCUGCUGCCGCCGUUGCCGCCUUGACACUGGGUUUAGGGCAAACCAAGGACCACACCGUACAAGAGGGGUAUCAGCUAACGUAUGAAGCUGCAAUGAGAUUGCGCCAGCUCGCUACCACACAAUCAGUUGUGUUUUUCGCGCCCCCCGAGGUACAUCAAAGCAUUUUGGAUUUGCAGGGAAAACAAAACGGGGACUAUGUUGAUUCAAACGAUGUUGUCUGUUGGCUUCUUAAGCAGACUUGCCUGGGUAUUGAGCAAAUGCAGCCACUGUACUAUUCCCAAGGCAUGGAUUUUUGUCGUCGUGUACAGACGGGCGUGGACAAUCCUCAAUUUUUGGCCAAUUCGGCACAGCGACGAGCAUAUUGCAGCGUUCUUCGGCAGAACGAGAAGCAAACCCUGGAAGAGCUUUAUAAACCAGCAUCCAAAGGUAAGGCCGCGAAAUCAGGAACUUCCUAUGCAACGGAGAUUGCGAAAUUUGUCAAGGAUUUAGGGAGACGACGAAAGGAUUUCCAGGAUUUCGGUGGCGCAGUGCACGGAUCGGCCUUACAGGAAGUUGAACAGGAGAGGGAAGUUGCCUUUGAAGUCGAGGCUGUCCGUGAAGUGCAAAAGCCCGUUCACUAUGUGGCGCUAUCGUUCCCAGGUCUUCAUCCAGAUAUUGUCAAUUUUGCAACAACUGGUAGACUCUCCGGCUUUAAGGGUUUUCAGCAAGCAUUCGUCGCCCUUCAAGAUACUGCACUAGGGAAGAAGCAUGGGAUCACUCUGCAAGCCACGUUAUCAAAGUUGUUCUUUUCAAAGGAGUUUAUGAGGACGGUGAAGUUGCCGCCAGGCUGCUCAAAUGAUAGCUUUCUUCGCCCUGUAAAUUGGGUCAUUUGGAGCUUUGAAUCUGAAGCGGCAAUGGUAGUGAUCCCGGAGGAGGCGGAACUAUUAAUCCCCAUGUUCCGGGAAUCCAAGACUCGCUGCACACACUUGGUCACUUAUGCAGCACCAAUUACUCGAAAAAUGCUGCAUUUCAACAGCUUGAAUUAUUUCGCCAUGCCUUCUCUCCCCAGCGGCUGGAAACCACCCAAAUGGUUAACGAUUCAGCUAGGGAUACUUUCUGGGCGAGUUUAUUUCGAGUUUAAUGAGUAUGAGGAACUGUGUCAGUAUCUCGGUGUCACUGCGGCUAAUGAAGGGCUCGAUGAUUCCCUUGAUAUUCCGAUAUAUCCUGCACCUUCACGAUUCCCCAACGCACAUGAAGUAGAUAUCAUGGAAGCAAGUUCUAGAACCGCAAAGAAGUCAAGUUUCACUGCCAAGCCUUUGGUAUUCCUUCAAGAGUGGCUGAGCUUAAAGCGCCGCGGCCAGGAAUUUACACAUACGCCUAUGGGAUAUGUGUGCCAAGGGAAACCUUUGCACGAGGAUCAUCCUUUCUUUUCGAGAUCGCAGCCAGACGCUAGUUCCAGGGUGAAAGCAAGCCGGACAUAUAGGGGAUCAGGUAAAGCAAUACCAGCCUCGAAUGAAAUCGACGAAGACUUUGACUCGGAGUUGGAGGAUGAAAAUGAUGGAUACCUUGGAGUGGAGGAUUAUGGUGGUAGUGGCGCUGAUGAUGAUGGCAGUGAUACGACCUCGGAGGGCGAAAAUUAAAAGGUUUGCUGAUUGUUCUAGCCGCACCAUGUGUGGUUCGUCUAUACAUACAUACAUAGCGAUAGGACUUAUCCGAUUUCACUCUUAAUUUAUGGCGAUGUUUGU